AUGGUAGCAACAGUAAAAAGAACCAUCCGUAUAAAGACCCAACAACACAUUCUACCAGAAGUUCCACCUGUAGAGAAUUUCCCCGUUCGUCAAUGGAGUAUAGAAAUUGUAUUAUUGGAUGAUGAAGGUAAAGAAAUUCCCGCUACAAUUUUCGAUAAAGUUAUUUACCACUUGCACCCAACUUUCGCUAAUCCUAACAGAACAUUUACUGACCCUCCAUUUAGGAUCGAGGAACAAGGUUGGGGUGGUUUCCCCUUAGAUAUAAGCGUUUUCUUGUUAGAAAAAGCAGGUGAGCGGAAAAUACCACAUGAUUUAAAUUUUCUACAAGAGAGUUAUGAAGUGGAACAUGUUAUCCAGGUUCCUCUCAAUAAACCACUUUUAACUGAAGAACUUGCGAAAAGUGGAUCUACUGAAGAAACGACAGCCAAUACAAGCACCAUUGGGAAAAGAAGGACUACUACAAGCACAACCGCAGAACCAAAGGCGAAGAGAGCUAAGACAGGCAGUGCAUCUACCGUGAAAGGGAGCGUGGACUUAGAGAAAUUAGCAUUCGGAUUAACUAAAUUAAAUGAAGAUGACCUGGUUGGUGUUGUUCAAAUGGUCACUGACAAUAAAACACCAGAAAUGAACGUAACGAAUAAUGUUGAAGAAGGUGAAUUUAUAAUUGACUUAUAUAGUUUACCUGAGGGAUUAUUGAAAAGUCUAUGGGACUACGUUAAGAAAAAUACCGAGUAA